AUGUGCGGUAUCUUCGGAAUCUGUGAAUCUGCGGCUUACAAAAAUGGCCAUAAGACCCCGUUCCUUCCUUUGUGCAAGCUCAACAUCCAAUCAGGGUGAGUGUAAAUCAGAAUAGGUGCAGUAAGAUUUGCUUAGAUUGUUUCUGAUACGAUGAAUUUUAGGCUGAUUUCCCACCGCGGCCCUGAUAUGCGCAACCAUUACCGUAACGAAAACAAUGGAAAUACCCUUUUCCACGAGAGAUUGGCCAUCAACGAUCUUGGCUGCUUCCACCCAAUUGAAGGAUCAGGCCCGGAUAGACAAGUGAGUCAUCAUCUCCUAUUUAUAGUCGUAAUAUAAGUGUCAAUACUAAAAAUAUCUUGCAGGUAGUCCACAACGGUGAAAUCUACAACCAUCAUGCACUUAAAGAGACCCAUUUCCCUCACACUACCUUCAGAACGUCUUGUGACACCGAGAUCCUAAUCAGAUUGUUCGAUCUUUUCAAAGGAUCCGAAUUCUGCAACCUUCUUGACGGCACAUUUGCCCUUGCCAUUUGCUAUGAUAACAUCUUCUUCGUGGCCAGAGAUCCCAUUGGAGUCAAGGCCUUGUACUAUGGAUACGAUGAAUGUGGGCGAUUUAUGUGUGCGAGUGAAAUGAAGGUGAUCAACGGACUCUGCAAGACCGUCUCCACAUUCCCUCCAGGUCAUUAUUAUACACCUGAGACUGGACUCAUAAGAUAUUACGAGCCAAUGUGGAUGGAGCCCGAUUUGAAAUUCAAUGAGGUUAACUAUAAGCUUCUCAACGAGAGUCUCCAACAGGCUACAAUCAAAAGAUUGAUGAGCGACGCACCUUUGGGCAUGCUGCUUUCAGGUGGACUGGACUCGAGUCUUAUCUGGUGAGUAGUCAAAUUGAGGAAUGAUUCCCAAUUAAAAAUUUUUGAUAUCGUUAAAAUUACAGUGCUAUCGCCGUCCGAGAACUUAAACGCCAAGGAAAACCGUUGAAAACGUAUGCAGUGGGACUUCCGGGGUCGCCUGAUCUGGCCGCGGCCAGAAAAGUGGCCGACUUUUUGGGAACUGAUCACACAGAAGUCAGCUUUACUGUCGAGGAAGGAAUAUGCGCACUAGUCAAGCUGAUAUACCACUUGGAAAGCUAUGAUGUUACUACAGUCAGAGCAGCCACACCCAUGUAUUUCUUGUCCAGGAAGAUCAGAAACGAUGGGAUUAAAGUGGUGUUGUCGGGGGAAGGCUCUGAUGAGAUCUUCGGGGGUUAUCUCUACUUCCACAAUGCGCCCAAUGAUGAGGAUUUCCAUACAGAAACCGUACGACGAGUAAGAUUGCUAUCUACCGCUGAUCUUCUUCGCGCUGACAAAAGUUGUAUGGCCAAUUCAGUGGAAGUUCGCGUUCCAUUCUUGGAUAAAAGUUUUUUGGAAACAGCGAUGGCCAUAUUACCGGCUGACAGGAGGCCAACAUCGGAGAAGAUUGAAAAAUAUGUCUUACGAAAGGCAUUUGACACGCCGGCAAGUAUAUAAUAACGGUCGUAUUGAUGUAAUCAUAAUUUCAGGAAGAUCCUUAUAUGCCUGAAGAAGUUUUAUGGCGUCAGAAAGAGCAGUUCUCGGAUGGUGUUGGAUACAGUUGGAUCGAUUCUCUCGUUAAAUAUUGUACACAACUUGUUUCAGACUAUGAAAUGAGUAUGGCUUCAAAAUUGUAUCCCCAUAAUACCCCCAAGACCAAAGAAGCCUUCUACAUCAGAUCCGUUUUCCACAACUUUUAUCCUUCGGAUUCUGCCGCCAAGACCGUAUCUCCUUGGAUUCCAAAAUGGCAGCUUAGCGAAGAUCCCUCAGGCCGAGCGAGUAAGGUCCACCUUCAAGCCAAGGAGGCAUAA